GGCAGAAUAAUGACAUGAUUGCUGUCAUUGUCGUGAUUGUUGUGAGUGAUUUGUUUCCCCGCCCACUGAGCUCCUUCUUAUAACAAGUUGCUGUGAGCCUGCUGCUGCAGACACAUAGCAGAGCUGAGCGGCUCCACGCUGCUGCGCCACUGAAGAUGGAUUCCAACAUUGUAGUGAUGGGAACCGAGAGUGUCGGGAAAUCAGCUCUUACUGUGCGCCUCUUAACUCGGAGAUUCAUUGGAGAGUACGGAGAUAUGGAGUCCAUCUACGGCCAUAGUUUUGUUCUGGACGGUAGAGAAAUAACUCUCAAUGUUUGGGACUCUCAUUAUUCUGAGGACUUGUCCGUGGAGACGUCGCUCCUUGAGAAGAAGGUCCAGUGGGCAGACGGUUUCGUCCUCGUCUACAGCAUCUGCGACAGAGCCAGUUUCAACACCGUGAGCCGACUCAUUGAGACCAUCAAGUCCACCAGAGACUGCCUGAGCACGGACAAAGUGCCCAUAGUGAUCGUGGGUAACAAAAGGGACCUCCACCACAGGCGGACGGUGCCGAGCGAGGAGGGCCGCCUGCUCGCUCUCAAAAGCGACUGCCUCUUCUACGAGGUGUCGGCGGCCGAGAACUACCACAGCGUGCUCGUGGUGUUUCAUGGGCUGGUGGACAGGAUGAAGGACGCCAAACUGACCACGAAGAGGCCUUCGGGGUUCAAGGGAAUAGUGAAAAGCAUGUCGGCGGUGUUCGCCAGGAGGCGGGUCGACUCUGUUUAGUUAACACAGACACUGAAGAGGAGGUUUGCUGUGAAUUUGCAUAAGAGAGGUUACGUCCUCGUGUGCAGAAAGCUGGGUAGAUAUCGCAGUCUGCCAGAUGAGUCGCACGCUGUAGAGCCACAGGAGUCUCAUUGUCUCACACAGACUCCAGAAGAAGCAUGAAAGACUCCAGAGAAGAAGAAAAAAAAGCCAUGAAGCUUCAGAGAUCAUGAAGUCAAAACAACGUCUCAGAGAUCACAGAGGUUCUCCGGGUGACAGGUUUUGGAAGUUUGCUGCACUUCAAGAAAAAACGAGAAUAAAAGAAACCGCACUGUGUCAUUAUUUAUAAAGAUACUUGACAUGUUAUUCACUAUAGUGUGCAACAAGGUUUGCUAUGUGUUGUAGCUUAAGACACCAGCUGUGGCUUCAUAUUGGAGGAAAAACCUAUGCACAAAGUAAAUGUGCCUUUACUUACUAUUACGACCAAAGAACAUGUUCAUUAUUAAAGCUCUUUGAAUAAGUGCGACCUCUUUUUUUAUUGCUGGAAUAAGUGAACCACUCUACCUUGUACUCAAAUUCAAAGCGGCACUUGAAUUUUUGUAUUUAUUUAAGUCUAAACACUGUAAAGCAACACAACAAAGAGGGGUUUCUAUAUAUUUAUGAGUUGAUUGUGGUUCAUUAACUGUGUGUUUGUAUUAACCGUUUGUUUGGUCUUAUAAUGAUUUAAAUAAAGCAUCAAAUGUGC